GGGUGGGACAGCGAAGGCUGAGGUGAGGCUGGCAGGGAGCAUUGCUGGUAAGGGCCACCCUCCCCCACCCCAGGAGAAUGGCAGAGGUGGGGCCUGGGCACCCAGGGUGGGGCUGAGUGGCCCUGCCAGACAGACCAGCUCCCGCGGGUGCUAGGCAUGCACCUGAGAGGGGCUGGGAAACGAAGUUGGGGCACCGGGUGGGGAGCAGAGGUGCCCCGUGGCCUUGCCCCUGAGGCUCCCCGGAGCAUGCCCCUCUUGGUCCUGGAGUGGAAUGCUCAACCCAAAUGGUACUAGGGAGGCCAGUGCCAUCCAGGAGUGUGGGACUCUGCCCAGGGCACUGGGUGAGCAUGGCAGGGGCUGGGGGUGGGAGGAGCCCAGGCUUCCUGUCCCUCAGGUGGCUCUGGCCAAGCCCCUCCAGGAUGGGGACAGGGUAGUGGGGCUGGUGGAGGCAGCGGGGCCAUGGGAAGAGUCGGAUGGGCCCAGUCUGAGCCCCCAUGGCUGCUGUGCUUGGGGCAAACACCUCCUACUCAGCCUCAGUUUCUCCUUCUGGAUGGUGGAUCAUCCUGCCUGCCUUGCAGGGCUGUUUCAGGGGUCACUUGAAGUUACCAUGAUACAUGAGACAAGGCUGCAUGCAUUUAGUCUUGGGGUGGGGCAGACAGGUGGCAUCAAGGUUACAGGUCACCCCAGUUCUUGGGGAGGCCCAGCCCCUGCCUGCUUCCCCCUUUCAGAUCAGCCAUGCUCUUCUCCAGUGGACCUGGCCUUGCUCUGACAAUGGUCAGGUGCUGGGCAGGGACUUUGGAGAAGCUCGGGUCUUGCCUCUCUGGAUGUAGCUUGUAGGAUAGCCGGGGAUGUGGAGGCAGGGGAAAGCUGGGCUCUGGGACCGGGUGGCCUGAGUUCCAAGCCCAAGCUAUUGACUAUAGGGACAGUUUAAGCCGAAAUAACACCCUUCCAGAUGAGAGAAAGGAAGAGAUGGGAUGGGCACCCAGGAAGGCUGCAGAAACUGGAAGCCUUUGUGAUGAUGCUACGAUCCCAUUUGGGAGGGGGUGGGAGCCAGGAAGCCUGGCUUCUGGACCGGAGUUGCUGUGUGACUUCAGGCCGCCCUGUGACUUGCUGAGCCCCUUGCCCCAGUGAUGUGUGAAAGGCUGUCUGAGGUCCCACCCACUGUGGCUUCUGUAGAUCCUGGUCAGGCUCUGCCCCUUUCAUGGCCCAGCUGGAGCAGCUGUGUUUCUGUGACCCCACCGCUGGAUCAGAACUGGACAAGAUGGAGCCUGCAGGCCUGAACCAGGGUGAUGCUGAAGAUGAUGACCUUCUUCCAAGGCCUCUAGAGCCAUCAGCCUGUGCCAGGCACCCUCGACUUGCCUAGAAGCCCCCAAAAGUUGCAGUCCACAUCAGAGGCAGAGUCAGAGGCCUCCAUGUCGGAGGCCUCCUCUGAGGACCUGGUGCCACCCCUGGAGGCUGGGGCAGCCCCAUAUAGGGAGGAGGAAGAGGCGGCGAAGAAGAAGGAGAAGAAGAAGUCCAAAGGCCUGGCCAAUGUGUUCUGCGUCUUCACCAAAGGGAAGAAGAAGAAGGGUCAGCCCAGCUCAGCGGAGCCCGAGGACGCAGCUGGGUCCAGGCAGGGGCUGGAUGGCCCGCCCCCUACAGUGGAGGAGCUGAAGGCGGCGCUGGAGCGCGGGCAGCUGGAGGCGGCGCGGCCGCUGCUGGCGCUGGAGCGGGAGCUGGCGGCGGCGGCGGCGGCGGGCGGUGUGAGCGAGGAGGAGCUGGUGCGGCGCCAGAGCAAGGUGGAGGCGCUGUACGAGCUGCUGCGCGACCAGGUGCUGGGCGUGCUGCGGCGGCCGCUGGAGGCGGCGCCCGAGCGGCUGCGCCAGGCGCUGGCCGUGGUGGCGGAGCAGGAGCGCGAGGACCGCCAGGCGGCGGCGGCGGGGCCGGGGACCUCGGGGCUGGCGGCCACGCGCCCGCGGCGCUGGCUGCAGCUGUGGCGGCGCGGCGUGGCGGAGGCGGCCGAGGAGCGCAUGGGCCAGCGGCCGGCCGCGGGCGCCGAGGUCCCCGAGAGCGUCUUUCUGCACUUGGGCCGCACCAUGAAGGAGGACCUGGAGGCCGUGGUGGAGCGGCUGAAGCCGCUGUUCCCCGCCGAGUUCGGCGUCGUGGCGGCCUACGCCGAGAGCUACCACCAGCACUUCGCGGCCCACCUGGCCGCCGUGGCGCAGUUCGAGCUGUGCGAGCGCGACACCUACAUGCUGCUGCUCUGGGUGCAGAACCUCUACCCCAAUGACAUCAUCAACAGCCCCAAGCUGGUGGGUGAGCUGCAGGGUAUGGGGCUCGGGAGCCUCCUGCCCCCCAGGCAGAUCCGGCUGCUGGAGGCCACAUUCCUGUCCAGCGAGGCGGCCAAUGUGAGGGAGUUGAUGGACCGAGCUCUGGAGCUAGAGGCACGGCGCUGGGCUGAGGAUGUGCCUCCCCAGAGGCUGGACGGCCACUGCCACAGCGAGCUGGCCAUCGACAUCAUCCAGAUCACCUCCCAGGCCCAGGCCAAGGCCGAGAGCAUCACGCUGCACUUGGGCUCACAGAUAAAGCAGGUGCUGCUGGCGGAGCUGCCUGCGUUCCUGAGGAGCUACCGGCGCGCCUUUAAUGAAUUUCUGGAGAGAGGCAAGCAGCUGACGAAUUACAGGGCCAAUGUUAUUGCCAACAUCAACAACUGCCUGUCCUUCCGGAUGUCCAUGGAGCAGAAUUGGCAGGUACCCCAGGACACCCUGAGCCUCCUGCUGGGCCCCCUGGGUGAGCUCAAGAGCCACGGCUUUGACACCCUGCUCCAGAACCUGCAUGAGGACCUGAAGCCACUGUUCAAGAGGUUCACGCACACCCGCUGGGCGGCCCCUGUGGAGACCCUGGAAAACAUCAUCGCCACUGUAGACACGAGGCUGCCUGAGUUCUCAGAGCUGCAGGGCUGUUUCCGGGAGGAGCUCAUGGAGGCCUUGCACCUGCACCUGGUGAAGGAGUACAUCAUCCAACUCAGCAAGGGGCGCCUGGUCCUCAAGACGGCCGAGCAGCAGCAGCAGCUGGCUGGGUACAUCCUGGCCAAUGCUGACACCAUCCAGCACUUCUGCACCCAGCACGGCUCCCCGGCGACCUGGCUGCAGCCUGCUCUCCCUACACUGGCCGAGAUCAUUCGCCUGCAGGACCCCAGUGCCAUCAAGAUAGAGGUGGCCACUUAUGCCACCUGCUACCCUGACUUCAGCAAAGGCCACCUGAGCGCUAUCCUGGCCAUCAAGGGUAACCUAUCCAACAGUGAGGUCAAGCGCAUCCGGAGCAUCUUGGACGUCAGCGUGGGGGCGCAGGAGCCCUCCCGGCCCCUAUUUUCCCUUAUAAAGCCCAGGACCGCCGUGAGCUGGAUUCAGCAAUGGUGGAAUGGAAGACAGAACUGGAAGAGAAAGAAGGAAAAGAUGAGCUCUCGUCUGGCAGGGGCUUGUAGGGUCCCGUGGCGAGCUGUGAGCACCGCCAGCAUUAGACGUCACACCCAGGUGGCCCCACGGCCCCUACAGGCUGGCCCUGCAAUGGGGCCCUGAGCCCUUUCUCUUCAUCCCCCAAGGCCUCAACUAGAGGGUGGUCCCCCAAGGGCUUGGUGUCCACUACAGAAGGGCCCAAGGCCUCCUGGGUCCUCUCAGGCUCCCCCUUCCCCAAGGCAGGGACAGGCCCUGGGGGUGCCACUGUGGGCCCUGCCACCCAGAAGUCUGGCUGAGGUCUGGGCAGGGGCAGGGCAAGCUUGACCUCUCACUGUUGACCCUUUGGCCUCUGUAUUUGUUUCCUAUUGCCGUGACAGGUUUCCACAAACUUCGUGGAUCAAAACGAGGUCUUCCAGUUCUGCGGGUCAGAAGGCUGACCCGGGGCUCAAAUCUGGGUGUCGGCAGGCCUGCGCUCCUUCUGGAGGCUCUAGGGGAGAAUUCAUUUCUGGCCUUUUCAUUUUUAGAGGCUGACCAUAAUUCUUGACUUCAGGCUCCUCCAUCUUCAGAGCCAGCUGUGGGUAGUUGAAUCUUUUUCCCGUCACCUCAUUGAGGCCUCCCCUCUCCUGCCUCCCUCCACCACUUUUUUUUUUUUUUUUGAGACAGGGUCUUGCUGUGUUGCCCAGGCUGGAGUGCAGUGGCCUGGUCAUGGCAUCAAGGCUCACUGCAGCCUGGACCUCCUGGUUCAAGUGAUCCUCUUGUCUCAGUCCCCUGAGACAAUCCCCCACGCCCAGCUACAUAUUUUUUGUGGAUACAGGGUCUCAUUCUGUUGCCUAGGCUUGUCUGGAACUCCUGGGCUCAAGGGAUCUUGUCCUUAGCCUCCUAAAGUGCCGGGAUCGUAGGCAUGAGUCACUGCACCUGGCCUGCUCUGCCGCUUUUAAGGACGCUUGUGAUCACAUUGCGCCUACCCAGAGCACCCAGGUCGUCUUUCUAUUUUCAGGUCAGCUGAUUAGCCACCUUAGUUCCAUCUGCAACUUUAGUUCCCACUGGCUGUGUAACCUAACAUAGUCACGGGCUCUGGGGACUGUCACGUGGACAUCUUUGGGAGGCCGUUAUUCUGCCCACCGCAGCCUCCGUUCAUCCCCUGCCCUGCCGGCCACCUCGCUCUACCCCAGGAAAACGUGAGCUCGUUUUCCUGCUCGGCAUGUGCUACCCCUAGGGCUCUGCUCCUCCCUGGGCCUGAAAGUUCCUUCUCAGCCUGAGAGGGGGCCCUUCGGACUCAGGCAUGACUCAGCCCGGCUGAUGCCUCUGCAGUGCUGAGUCGGGAUUUGGGGCCGGCUCUCUUGGGUCCGUCCCCUUUUCCCAGGUACUGCCUUACAAAGCUGUGGCCAGGAAGUGGCCGGUAUAAAGGAUGCCCAAGGUCUUUGUACAUGUGUAGGAGUUAGCGUGUUUGAUAUUGUUAAUAUAAUAAUAAUUAUUUUUUAGAGUACUGCUUUUGUAUGUAUGUUGAACAGGAUCCAGGUUUUUAUAGCUUGAUAUAAAACAGAAUUCAAAAGUG